AUGAUCACGGGUCCACACUUCGUCGGCCACGUGGCAGCGGAGCUGAGCCACCCAUUGGUGUGGCGAGGUCCCGGGGCGACCAUUUGCCUGAAAUACAGUGUCUCGGCUCCUCCGGGUUACACAGCUGAACCGCUUCGGGCCGGCUCGGCCGCGAAGCCGACUAUGACGCUCACGGGGGAUGGAGGACGGUGGUCGGAAGUCCUACGGUUAGGGAAGCAGGAGGUCCCCGUUGCAGACUGCCCUCCGCGCGCGCUUCUCCUUGCCGACGUCACCCAGGUCUCCACUGACGUCAAGCAGCGGGUCUCUCGUACGCGGCUUCCUCCGGCGUGGUGCCAAACGUUCUUCUGGCGACCCAGCGCUUGGGCGCUGCGCAAACGAUCAACGUCCCGGUUGUAUCCGCUGGAGGAAGUCCCCGGGAGGACACUUGAGGGACCCGCCGAAUUGAGCAUCAGGCGCAAGUACAUACCAAGCUGCCCUCCAACCGGCCGAACACGUGUGACGUGUGCUUCCGAUGACGUCAGCGGGUGCCCGAGAACUCUGACGUUACCGGAACCGAAUAAGAGGCCGUCAUCGCUGGCCGUUCCCAGAGGAUGGGACUGGAGCGGUUUCCAAGGCUGUGGGCGACCGGCGGAGGGUGUGCUGGCGAAGAUGGCCGGCUUUAAGGCCAUCCUGCCGUAG